AUGUAUGUCACCGAGCACUCGAAAGCACUCGACGCGUACCUGGCGUCCGUCGGCGCCGCCGACGCCCGCCCGCUCGACGACGAGUUGCAAGCGUCCUCUCUCCAUGUCGCCAAUGUAUCCAAGUGGGCGCAGCAAGUGGCUCAAGCGCAAAGCCGAUGGGCGGCAAUGUCGUGGCACUCGCUUCACGCUGGUGUGUUGCCGGGCUGGCCAUCGACGGUGGUGCUGCAACAGCAAGGCCUCCAGGAUGCCCGCGAUGGUCUACGCAGUGGCAUGCAGCCGUCGCUGCUUGGUUCGAUGCAAUGUGCGUGGCAAAACGCGGAUCUGCCGCCGCCGUCCAUCGUCGCUGCCGUCGCGGUCCUCUACGGCGUCGCGAUCGCGGGCUCGCUCCGAUGGCUCCGCGUCGCACUUGCUACGAUUCUCCUGAGCGUGCUCUUGGUCCGACUUGGCAUCGCCGCGUGGUGCUUCUACGUUCGCCACGCAUCACAGCGCCGUGCACAUGUGCUGCUACGCACGUGGCAGAAUCAUCUUGCUUCGUUUGAUUCGACCCUUGAAGCGUUCGAGGACGUGGUGACACUUUCGUUGCGGCGGAUCAAGGCGGCCGAGGUCGUCCACCGAGGGUACCACCUCGAUACGCUCCUCCCGCCGAUUGCGCGGCUCGAGGCCAACCGCGCGAGCUCAGUCGAUGACCUACGCUGCGUGCACCUGCGUGUCUUGCUGCGUGAGGUCUUUGCGCAGCUGCAGGAGCCAACGUACGUCAUGAACGUCCGUGUGACCAAUGACGCGGCGCCGUCAUUGCUUUUGCUCGCGUUAAGCAACCAGCAAAAGGCUGCGCGCGCAGCACUGCAAAAGCAGCUCGACGCGCUUCGUUCCGAGGUCGCGUCGUCCGUGUCGGCACUCGGCGACGCCGUGACGCGCCUCCAGAGACUCAUCACGACCGUCACCACCUUGCAAUCUCGCGUUCGUGCCGCCGUAGACGUUGAUUCGGCUUUGGUGGAGCCGACGCUACCAAGUGCGACCGCCGACACAGCAAGGCGUCGCUCGUUGCCCAGCUGGCACCACGCCCACCGGAUCCAAGUCGCCCUCGACUCGGCCAAUGCCCUUCUCUACGCGUACAAGCAGGACCUUGUCCAUGGCCGCAGCGACGACGGAGCGACACGUGCGCGCGUGGCCAAGUUUGUCGACGACGCCGUCACCGCCAUCCGCACGUGGGAAGAAGCAACCGUCCCACACGUCGAUGGAGCCACACCCGAGGCGCCCGCGCUACCGCCUCUCGGUCAUGACAGCGUGGUUCUGAUCGGACCAGCCGUCGAGCUACCAGCGCCCGUCGAUCCGACCGUGACAGAGGUGUUCACGGCGCUCAGCACCGGGCGCCUUGAGGCUGACGAAGCGCCGACAGUUGCGCCCGAUACUGCCCUGUUGACCUCGUUCCAUUCAGUCGUUGACGAACUCCACGAUGUCCUCGACCAGCGGGUCUUGCCGCCCGAGCGUGUGAACGGCGUCGAGGUCGAAGCGCCGGUCGUUGUUGCAAAAAGCGACGUUCCACUGCCACCUGCGACGACGUCGAGCUUGGCGCGUCCGGCGCUGCAGCUGGAGCUCCAGAAGGCGUUCAUGGCAGCGGCCUUUGCCAACGACUACGUACUGGGCGAGAGCGACAGCGAGUAA